AUGUCUUCGCCCUCGCCCACACACCCCCUCUCAGCAACCUCCUCGUCUUUCUCCUCUGUCCACGAUGACGGUGGUGGUACGACUCCCACGCGUCCGCGACUUCACUCGCGGAAGAGCAGCGGCACCAUCAUCGUCCCGCGCGAACACCCACGAGUCGAACUGAAGGAAGGCGACGAGGUCUUUGACGCAGACGACGCGAGAGCUAUGAGUCCGCGGAGGAGUAGUCAGGAUCUGGAAAAGAUGAGUGAGGAUGCGAAGCUGCAAUUAAAUGAACACGCCAAAAUCCUCCAAAAGUCGCUCCUGGAAAUUUUCAACCGCAUCGAGGCCGUGAAGGAAGAACACGACAAGUUGGACAGUAACAAUAAAUUCCUGCAGAAGUAUAUCGGCGACCUGAUGUCCACGUCGAAGAUAACGGCUACCGGUGCCGCGGGAGGAAGGAAGAAAUAA